GUGGGCCCCGAGAACAGCGGUCGGCAGCCGGCGGCGGGAGAUCGCGGGCGAGGGGAGCGCGAGGGGAGCGCGACAGUCCUGCUUGGGGAGAUCGGCGCUCGGCCGGCCUGUGACCACUGUGUAUACUUGGCAGUGGAUGACCACAAAUAAGAGCAGGGAAGCGGUGGCCAUCAGAAGUGAGGACGGCUGGCAGAACCUUCUUUGAGCACCUUCCUACUUCUUGAGUCAUAACUGAUAAAACCCACAGUCCCCAGAAGAGAACAAAAAGGGGAGUGAAAUGAAAACCAAAACCGGGAGGAAUGGGCUUGCCCAUCUCCAGCCUUCUGCGUUAGUGGCCCUGCUGCCAGAACUCAUUGCCAGCCACAGAGAAUAAGACUGUAAGCUCCUCAAGCGACUGUGUCUUCUUCCUCAGUGUAUCCCCAGCGCCCAGCACAGGGCCCAACAGCCAAUGUGAGCUCAAAGAAUGCUGCUGUAAGAUGCUGCUGUUCUCUGCAGUGUGACAGGACACCGAAGCCAAGACUGUCCUCAUCCAUAAGGCCUCAGCCUGCCACCAAUUCGGGACGUUGAGGCUCUUUAUUGGGGUGAGCGUGAGCCUGGGAGAUGGCAGUGAUGGAAGUGGCCUGCCCAGGCGCUCCUGGCUCGGCGGUCGGGCAGCAGAAGGAGCUCGCCAAAGCCAAGGAGAAGACACAGGCCAUGGAGAAGGUGCACAGCUCCGUCAACAAGCUUGAGGCCGUGGAGAAGAGCCCCGUGUUCUGCGGGAAGUGGGAAAUCCUGAACGACGUGAUCACCAAAGGCACCGCCAAGGAAGGCUCCGAGGGAGGGCCGGCCGCCAUCUCCAUCAUUGCCCAGGCUGAAUGUGAGAAUAGCCAAGAGUUCAGCCCCACCUUUUCAGAGCGGAUUUUCAUCGCUGGGUCAAAACAGUACAGCCAGUCUGAGAGCCUUGAUCAGAUCCCCAACAAUGUGGCCCACGCAACUGAGGGCAAAAUGGCCCGUGUGUGUUGGAAGGGGAAGCGUCGCAGCAAAGCCCGGAAGAAACGCAAGAAGAAGAGCUCGAAGUCCCUGGCUCAGGCGGGAGUGGCCGUGGCCCGACCGCUCCCCAGAACCCCCGAGCAGGAGAGCUGCACAGUCCCUGUGCAGGAGGACGAGUCCCCACUUGGCUCCCCAUAUAUUAGCAACGCCCUCCAGUUCACCAAGCCUCUGAAGGAGCCAGGCCUUGGCCAACUCUGUUUUAAGAAACUUGGGGAAGGCCUACGGCCAGCACUGCCCCGGUCAGAACUCCACAAACUGAUCAGCCCUUUGCAAUGUCUAAACCACGUGUGGAAACUCCACCACCCCCAGGAUGUAGGCCCCCUGCCCCAGCCUGCUCACCCCUUCCCCUACGGCAGACUGCCCCAUCCCUUCCCAUUCCACCCCCUCCAGCCCUGGAAACCUCACCCCCUAGAGGCCUUCCUGGGCAAACUGGCCUGUGUAGACAGCCAUCAGCCCCUGCCUGGCCCACCCCUGAGCAAACUAGCCUAUAGAGACAGUCAGAAGCCGCUGCCUGGCCCACCCCUGGAGCCCAGCCGCCCACCUUGUGGCACUCAUGAGAAGUGUUCUGUGGAGGAGUACCUGGUGCACGCCCUGCAAGGAAGCGUGAGCUCCGGCCAGGCCCACAGCCUGGCCAGCCUGGCCAAGACCUGGUCGGCGGGGGGCUCCAGGCCCCAGAAGCCCAGCCCCAAAACUGAGGACAGCGAGGGAGUCCUGCUUACUGAGAAACUGAAGCCGGUGGAUUAUGAGUACCGAGAGGAGGUCCACUGGGCCACACGCCAGCCCUGCCUGGGCAGAGGCUCCUUCGGAGAGGUACACAGGAUGGAGGACAAGCAGACUGGCUUCCAGUGUGCUGUCAAAAAGGUGCGAGUGGAAAAGUUUCGGGCAGAGGAGCUGAUGUCCUGUGCCGGGCUGACUUCGCCCAGAAUCGUCCCUUUGUAUGGAGCAGUGAAGGAAGGUCCUUGGGUCAACAUCUUCAUGGAGCUGCUGGAAGGUGGCUCCCUGGGCCAGCUCAUCAAGCAGAUGGGCCGUCUGCCGGAGGACCGAGCCCUCUACUACCUGGGCCAGGCCCUGGAAGGGCUGGAAUACCUCCACACCCGCAGGAUCCUGCACGGCGAUGUCAAAGCUGACAACGUGCUCCUGUCCAAGGAUGGGAGCCGGGCAGCCCUCUGUGACUUUGGCCAUGCUGUGUGCCUUCGACCUGAUGGCCUGGGGAAUUCCUUGCUCACAGGGGACUACAUCCCUGGCACAGAGACCCACAUGGCUCCAGAGGUGGUGAUGGGCAAGCCCUGUGAUGCCAAGGUGGACGUGUGGAGCAGCUGUUGCAUGAUGCUGCAUAUGCUCAACGGCUGCCACCCUUGGACCCAGUACUUCCGAGGGCCGCUCUGCCUCAAGAUUGCCAGCGAGCCUCCGCCUGUGAGGGAGAUCCCGCCUUCCUGCACCCCUCUCACAGCCCAGGCCAUCGAGGAGGGGCUGCGGAAAGAGCCUGUCCAGCGAGCAUCUGCGCUAGAGCUGGGGGGGAAGGUCCACCUGGCGCUGCAGCGCGUGGGAGGUCUGAAGAGCCCUUGGAGGGGAGAGUACAGAGAGCCAAGACAUCUGCCGCCGGCACUCCAAGGCCAUCCGCCACCACACCCAGCCCACUCUCACCAGACCCUGCAAGCCCAGCCCGGGGAGCUCUCCCCAGGGGCCCCGGGGCCCCAGCCAGCCGAGGACACCACAGGUGGGGCCCCCAAGCUCCAACCUCCUCUACCUCCAGAUCCCCCAGAGCGAAACAAGUGCCCAAGCCUGAACUGGGGCAAGGAGGAGUCUGGGAUGUGGGAACCCUUGCCUCUGUCCUCCCUGGACCCGGCCCCCAGCAAAAACCCCAGCUCGCCAGAGCGGAAGGCCACCUUCCCGGAACAGGAACUGCAGCAGCUGGAAAUAGAAUUAUUUCUGAACAGCCUGUCCCAGCCGUUUUCUCUGGAGGAACAGGAGCAGAUCCUCUCGUGCCUCAGUGUCGACAGCCUUUCCCUGUCAGAUGACAGCGAAAAGAACCCGUCAAAGGCCUCUCAGAGCUCGCGGGACACCCUGAGUUCCGGCGUGCACUCAUGGGGCAGCCAGGCUGAGGCUCGCAGCUCCAGCUGGAACAUGGUGCUGGCCCGGGGGCGGCCCACGGACACGCCAAGCUAUUUCAAUGGUGUGAAAGUCCAAAUACAGUCUCUCAAUGGUGAACACCUACACAUCCGGGAGUUCCACCGGGUCAAGGUGGGAGACAUUGCAACUGGCAUCAGCAGCCAGAUCCCAGCCGCAGCCUUCAGCUUGGUGACCAAAGAUGGGCAACCUGUGCGCUACGACAUGGAGGUGCCAGACUCGGGCAUCGACCUGCAGUGUACCCUGGCCCCAGAUGGCAGCUUCGCCUGGAGUUGGAGGGUCAAGCAUGGCCAGCUGGAGAACAGGCCCUAACCCAGCCUCCGCCACCAGCUCCACUCAGCCAGAGGAGCCUUCCUUCUUGGCGCUCGAUGCUGCCGCUGAGCCAGGCUCAGGCAGCUCCCAGGGAUCUCAGCAGUGGGACCAGGGCAAAGGGGGCGCCAGCAAAAUGCCUCCUAGGAUUUCCACUUGCAUCCUGCCUGACCCACCGAGAGAACACCCUGUGCCCACGUGAGGAGGAGAAAGAAGUCAAGAGGCCUCUUCCCACAGGGAACAGAGAGGGCCUUCUCUGACCUGGUUCAAACGAGCUGGCCUGGCCCUCUGGAUCAGUGACUACUUGUCAGGGGAGAGCAGUUUGGGGCCCAUGAGGGACCUGCUGGUGGGUGAGCCUCUCAGCCUCUACGCAGGUCUGAGGGUGUCAAGUGCCUAAAGACCCCUACCCAGGUCCAGCACAGGACCAGGUGGCAGGUGUGCCCAGCCUUGGGUAAACAGGGCCUUCCGACCCCCUUGCCUGGCCUGGCCACUCUUCAGGCAGAGAGGGAGGGAGGAAGGCCUGACUGGGAAGUCUCCCUGGGAGAAUGCACCACGUUCUUCAGGGUAUUGCAACGCAGGUCCUGUGCUAAACGCAGUUUCAGCCAAGGACCAAAGAAGGUGUUUCAGUGACGUGGUCCUCAGUCCGCACGUUGGUGCCCCGUGGCUGCUGGCCACGCCUUCCCCAGAGCUGCAGGCGCUGGGCCCAGACUGCAGGCCCAGCACUGCCCUGACUAGCUGGCACUCGAUCCCCUCGUCCAUAAAGUGAAGGGCGAUGGCAUGAGACCUCCCUGACAGGAAGUGCCUGGGGAUAAGGAUGAAAGACAGAAAAGAAAGCAGCAGAUGUAGGCGCUACUGUUACCCGAGCCACGGCUUCCAACAUCUUGCACACCAGCUUCCCGAGACACAGCUCAGGCAUCAUGCCCACACUGACCCUGCCCUGCCCCAGGUUACGGGGGCACUGCCAGCUGCACUUUGCACUCUGAUGACCUCAAAGCACUUUCACAGCUGCCCUCCAGGAGGGCAGGUCACUAGCACAAGCAGACUAGGAGAUGGGGUGAAGGGACUCAAGUCUUGACCUGUCUCCACACAUGUGAUCCCGUCAAACCUCCAGAUUUAAGAUGAGUCUCUCCCCCCCCCCCCCCCAUUCCUCUUCAUUGCCCAGUCCAGCCUUUUCAGGGGGGAAGCUGAUCAGGACUCAUGUAGCAUUAAUCAACUGUGAAUCACUGGGAGUUGAGGAGCCUGCUAGUCUCAGCCCCUGGGGAUGAGGGGGUAUCUAUCUCCUGAGAUUCCUCCUUCGGAAAUCUUGUCCCCAAGUCUUGCCAAGGUGCCCUCUGUCCAGCUAUCUACAAGGAGCCAUCCUGCUCCCCAGGGAGAGACCCCGGCCCCCAGUACAUGAAGAACUGCAGGGUUCGAGUUGCAGGGAACUCUGUGAGCAAUAAAGUUUGGAGUAAUGACACGGA